CUUCAAUUCAUCCCUUUCUUUGUGUUUCAAUAUCUCUCUCCAAAAAAUAAAAUCUCUCUAGCUAUACCUCUUUCUUUCCUUCAAAUUAAAUUAAAACAUCAAUAUACAAAAUGGAAAACAACGUACCAAUAAUAACCAAGAGAGUAUGGAGUAUGAUACGUGUGGCUUUGUUCAUGUUAAGAAAAGGUAUAUCAAAGGGAAAACUAAUGAUGGACCUCAACAUGAUGGUCAAACGCCGUAGCAAGCUUGCCGGAAAAGCCAUCACCAACCUCAUGUUUCAUCACCACCAUGGUGGCUCCACCUCAAGCCGCCGUAAUGACACACGCCUCUCUACCACAAGGGAGUAUGAGUUCAGCUGCAGCAACACACCCAACUACAAAUUUGCCCUAAACAACAAGCGUCAUAACUUCUUCACGUGUGCUCACGCGCCUCUCACAAAAGAAGACGACAUUGUAACCGUUAAUGCGGUUAAAGCUGUGUUGGAGAGCAUGGUAAACAAUAAUGAAGUAAUUGUCGAAGCUUCCCCGGCACUUCCCGGAUUUGGAAGGACUCCUAAGGCGCGGCAGUUGAGGGUGACCGACUCACCUUUUCCGCUACACGACACUGACGCCGACGCCGAGGUGGACAAGGCUGCCGAUGCAUUCAUAAGGAGGUUCUACUCGCAGUUGAGGAAACAAGAUUGAGUCUUGUUUCAUAGUUUUGUUUCUUAACAUUUCUUGAAUUUGUGGAUGUAAGAGAGGAUUCUUGUUAUUUUUUUUGAGGACUUAAUUUUUGUAUUGCUUAUAUAUGAAAAAUAAAAAUGUUAUAAGAAGGGUAAUUAAUUUGAUCGCUGUCUUUCUCUUCA